GGACAUGCGCUCCUGAUAACGCACUCGAAUUUGUUGUGUUUUUGAAAUGCAUUCCUCCGUCCAACACUGCAUGUUUUGUAACCUCGAAUAUGACUGUGGAAGGUCCUCUCUCAUAAGAAAAGCGACAUCUAAAACCAACGACUGAGGGUCCUGUCGACCCCCGUGUGUUGGAGUACAGAUGCUCAAUUGAAUGGUGUGUAUAAUGGAAGUCGGUAGCUAGCUAGCUAGUUAGCAAUUGGUGGCUAACAUUCGCUAGCUAGAUAGUUCUCUAUAAUCGUUGCAAGGUGAUAACCUGUCCUGUCUAAUUGGACGCGUACUAAAUAAUUAAAAAUAAUUACAACUAAAUGUUUUGGAAUGCAUUUCUCAAAAAAAUGUUCCGUGUUUAAGGUGGUGCUCAGUGCCCUGCUAAUUGUAGCGCUCCUGCAAUUAAUUUACCUGUCCUUCCUAUCGAAGCUACACGGUCGGCAGCAGCGCUACAGGUACUCGGAGCUCUUUGGGGGCGCCGGGAAGAAAAAUGUUCACCAACCGGAGAAAAAUACUCGCAAAGAACGUCUCAAGUAUUCUCUAUCCACUGGAGGAAUUUUUGACGUCAGUGGGCAGUAUCGCAUAUACAAAAACUUAAUUAAAAGCGAGUUUUCGGCCAAUCAAAAGCCAGGUGUGGAUGGGAGUUUGUUCCAGCUCACUCUGGCCACGCACACGACCAUCAACAAUUUGCACCAUCUGGAUUCGUUGCAGGAGCGAUGGCAAAACCCUCUCUCCGUCGCGAUAUUCGCGCACGGCCAAGACGUCAAGUUUGCCACAGCGCUCGUCUAUGCCCUCAGUACGUUUUGCCCGCAGAUACAAGCGCUUGUGGAUUUCCACUUGGUGUGCCACUCCGGAGAGAUGGCUAGCUUUCCCGACCAAGAUCGUGAGCAAUUUGCUGGAUUGGAAGACUGCGCUGGAGUAUUUGCUAAGCUGGAGACUCACAGGGACAAAUACAAGAACUAUGCCAUUGGCACCAAUGUCUCUUAUCCCAACAACCUGCUGCGUAACGUAGCCAGAGGAGGAACGGACACGACGUACAUUCUGGUCAUAGACAUUGACAUGGUUCCCAGUGCCGACCUGCCGCAGUCGUUCUUGGCCUUGCUAAAAAGGCGAGAGCCCGCUUCGGACGAAGUCUUCGUGCUGCCAGCCUUCGAGAUCAGACAUGCGCGCAAGUUGCCGGCUUCCAAGUCCGAGCUUGUGCAGCUGUAUCAGGUGGGCGAGGUCCGGCCCUUCUACGAAGAGCUUUGCCCCCGGUGCCAGGCACCCACAAACUAUUCCGUGUGGGUGAAUCUGCACGGCCACGGGACUGGGCAGUUGGAGGUGGCCUACACCCUAAACUGGGUCGACCCUUGGGAGCCCUUCUACAUCGGACCACGUACCGUGCCCCUGUACGACGAGAACUUCCGUCAGUAUGGCUUCAACCGCAUCAGCCAGGCCUGCGAGUUGCACGUCGCUGGGUACCGCUUCUCUGUGCUGAGUUCGGCGUUCGUGGUGCACCGGGGCUUCAAGGUGGCCGGAGACUUCCACAAGCGCAAGGACGAGGAAAACCGACGCAACAGGCUGCUUUUCCGAAGCUUCAAAGAAGGACUGAAGACCAAGUACCCUGCCUCCCCCCGACGCUGCUGAGUCCUGUGCCACCAGUUGGGAUUUACGGACCGAAAUCUUCCCGUUCUGUCACUUCACACUAGGAACCACGUUAUGUUAAACCGUUGUCAAAAGACCUUGUGCUUGUCGAACACUGAUGUAUAUGUCUCUGCACUGUUACUGUAGAGGGCAAUGCCAGUGACAUUCCUGAGCGGUCAAGCCCAGGAGUGCUGCUAUUCGCCCGGAGCUUCAAACACUAUCCCUGCAGACAGGGAAAGUCACCCUUUAAUCCAGGGUUUCACUCCAGCCCUAACAAUCCACACCUCAUUCAACAGCUGGUUAUCGUACCUGCUUGGUAUAAUCAGGUGUGCCAAAUUAGCGCUCGGAAUGAAAACCUACCUAGGACUGUCGAUAAACAGGAACAGGGCUAGAAACCAUGGUUUUAAUCUAUUCUGUUUGCGGCAGGGAAAUCUUAUUCAACAAUAGACCCCUUGCACAGCUGUUCCAGUUUGUCGUCUGCACACUUCAUGUGGGUUAUCGUUGUUAUCUUUUCCGUGCCGACUGCCUGUUUUAAUUCUAUCUCGCGAAAGUUCACGAUUAAUUAUUCUGACACUCCCGAAUUAGAUGAGGGGUGGGUGGAUGAUUGAAUGUUGUCCAUUAUUUUCUCCUGGGCUCAGAAGUGAGAUGACAGGAAGCUAAUGAAAUCUGUUAUGAGAUGUAAUCUGAUGCAAGCGUUUUAUCAGCGGAGAGAUUGAGCUCGGCAGGGCCACAGUAAUUGGACCCAGAGGAGAUGUUGGGGAAAACGGAAAAAGCACAGACGUCUUUGAUCUUUUUUCAUUCGUGCUCACAUGGAAGUUUGCGGUACAAAAAUCUUGCAGGUGUUGCUGGGAUUGCACUGAUUUGUUUCAAGAUGCUGUCAACUGCUUUACUGCAGUGGCAUUUUUAAGAGUGACAAAGCCAAGACGCAAUGGAGUUUAUGAACUUAUGCUCGGAGCGGCUGCUGAAAUAUUGAAAGAGAGAAUCUUUGACUACUGAACCACACAAAUCAUUUUCAUAUAUAUUCAAUGUUUCUGUUAUUUUAAAGUGUCACAACAAAGAAAACGUGCUUGGUACAUGCAUUAGUAGAGGUUUACAAAGUUGUGUGCUAUUCAAAGAAGUGUAGCUAUACUUCACUGUGAUAUACUCUUUGGAUUGUGGUAACAUGGUUGUCAUUGGACUGCUAAUAAUGACCGUGGUCAUAGAACAUAUAACAGCAGUCGUCAACUGAAGGAAUCAGUUAAUUACGUCUCAGCCUCAGCCAUUUUAAUGCAUUUUAUCGUCUUUGGUUUCAGGCAGGGAGAGAAUUUAUCUUAACAACACACAGAAUUAUGAAUGAGCUUUGGUCAUACUUAUUUGGACCUCCAUUUUAGGUCUUUUACAGUUCACUAUAGAACAGUGCUGCCCAACCCUGUCCCUGAAGGUUUUCAUUCCAACCAUAAAUAGGCACAUUACUACCAAUUAGGAGCUCAACAGGGAUAUCUGGCUAUUGAAUGAGCUUUGUUAGGGUAGGUGUGAACCUACAGGACAGUAGACCUCCAGGAACAGGGUUGGGCUGCCCUGCUGUAGAGUAUUAAGUUCCUAUGGCUGUCAUGAUUUAAUUGGUGUGUGGAAUUGAAUGUUCAAUGACUGAUAAAAUUACUUGAUGUGUUUUGGGGUUGAGGUGGGUGCACCUGUUUGGCUCCUGGUUGGAUGUAGCCAGCCUAGGGCAUUGUGGUCCCUGAGAGCUUGGUGAAAAUUUGGCCUCAUUAUUAGUUAUUUUGUCAGCACUUCAGGGUGCAUUAGUUGCAGUAUAAACUAUUUAGCAAAGUAUUUUUAAAGUUAUCUUUAAUAUAUAUGUUAAAUAUAUAGUAAUAUGUAUCACCUAUGUAUACAAUAUAUGACAUACCAGGCACCUUUCCAGCACACAAUAGCACACAAUGCUUCACAAAUACAUAAUUAAAAGACGGGAAGAAGGUUAAAAUGAAGAUAGAUUACAGACAAGACUGAGGUAUAAUAUUAAUGUCCAUGUAUUGAUAUUCCUGUAUAUCCCUGUACUUAUAGCCCAAGUGUUACAAUAAUGUUCAUGUAUUGAACUCUCUGCAUAUCCAUAGACAGGUGGGCUUGAAUGCCACACCUCAUAUUUUGUGUGUGACAGAUAAAAAUUACCUGCCAGGUGCAAUCAGGUAGAAUUUGCAGGUUCUGUCAUGUGCAUGCCCAGCACUGGUGUUAUAAGCUGUGUAGCCCAAGGAUUGCCCAAGAGGGUCACCGUACAUCUCCCUCUGUGACCCUCUGAGGAGUAGGUUUUUGGAAUUGUUUUUUUCAAUAAUCUUUUUUAUUUUUUUUUUCCAUCUCAGAAUUAUUAGUCGGUGUUCUAGAACACAUUUGCUGCCAUUCACCAGUAGUGAUUGUGACAUCAGCGUUAAGGUGUCCAGUUAAGAAUUUGAAUCGCAUAUUUGCAAUCCUACACUUUAAUGUUACACUUUAAUGUUUCAGGGAGGAGGAGGUGGAGAGUUUAUUUGUUAAUGUCCUAUUUAUUUGCAUGUCUAAUUCCUUCAAAAUGUGGUAAGGUUUAGAGAUCGUGUCGUGAACGACGCCACAUUUAGCAAAGGUUGGCAGCUAAGACACUGCACAAUUUGUGGAGUGGGGCAAGGGAUAUCCCUAAAAAUGAUGUGCCAUUUCAGGAGCAACUGUUCUUCCAGUUAUGAAAUGUAUUGUCGACCAGAGUGUACCACUUUGGUGUUUUAUCUUCAGAGGCCCGCCUUAGCUUGUUGGACUGUUUGAUUAGAAUACAAGUGCAGUUUGGUUUGUUUGCAAAUAUAUAUGAAAAGUUUGUGUCAUUCUUCAGUAUCUUUCAAAUUUCCUGUUUUAGAUCCCACUACACAAAUAACCGUCCUACAUAUUUAUAUAUUUAUUUAAUGGAUGAUGCAUAUUUAAUUGAGAGAUUAUCUGGAAUUAACACUCGCCGUUUCUUCUGCUCCCUUUAGCUGGGAGGCAGUUGAGAGUUCAUUGAAUCACCUGGGAGCGAAGGAAACCGGGGCCGGGUUUGGUGGGCAAGGAGGGCCGUAUCCGUUUCUGGAUUUCAGCCCCUCAAGAUUCCAAAAUUACCUCCAGCCUCCAUUCCUGGGGUCCUCCACCCUAGUCCUGGAGGACUGCAGAAAAAAAGCGAGGCAGCAUUUAACUGUAAUAAACUGGAGUAAAACGGACCAUCUGGCUCGACAGGGUCGAGAACCUCUGCUCCACUGCCGUGGUUUAUUUGUGUUCCUUUGAGGUUUUCGAUGUGUGAAAUGCAUCUUUUACAAUAA